GUAGCAAGAGACUUACUAUGAACACAAUAAAAAAAUAUAGAUGAUCUCUCGACUCUUUGCUUCGGUAGAAAGAACACAAUCACCUAACACAUCCAUGCCAUGUGUGAGUAGUUUAUCCCUUGUGGCAAUCCUAAAGUGUUACCAGGAGGGUAAUGAUACUAUUUCUAGGCAAGACAUACUCAAACCAUAGCAUCAUAUACCCAGUAACAGCGGAUUUACGAGAUCUUAUCGAUUCUCAUAUUGUCUUAACAUGCAUAGUAUCUGAAAAGUGUUUUGCCUUGUCAUGACUCCUAACCUUGGUCAUCCAGUCCCAUUCAAAACAGAUGUCAAGCUCUCAACUUCAAGUUCUUUCUUCAUAACCGAUCGUGAAUCUGUGAUCCAGUUUGUGCGGAGUCUAUCAAGGCAACUCAAUCCCUUUUUUUUCUUAUAAGAGCACUCAACCCAUUUUUAGUAAAAUUCUUGAACAAUUUUCACUCUUAAUUUAAAUAAGAAUUUUAAGUUAGCAAGUUAAGUAACACUAAAACCAUAUCUUAGUCCAAUCAGUAUCGUUAACUGCGCAAUUGAAUUCUACGGAUUUUGUGAACGAAAAAACCUAGAUUUGUUAGUUUUGGGGGAAAACUACAUUUAUCACAAAAGUCAAAAUUUCCACUUUAACAAAGUAUUUUGCCAAAAAUAUAUAUAUAUAUAUAUAUAUAUAAUUCUUUAGGUUUGUUACCACCAAGGUUGUCAAACCGGUUUACGCCAGUGUGCCGGUUUAGCAAGUGGAAUGGUUCAACCAGUGGCACAUACCGGUUUGUGCCGGUUCAUGCCGGUCAAUAUUACAAAUAAAUUAUAAAUACUCAUAUUUAAACAUGACAUUUAACGUCAAUACCUAAGCAGCCAACUUUUGUCUUUGCACGAUGUUUUUUUCUUUUCUGGCGUUGGAGGUGAGUUAAGACUUAAGAGCAAGGUUGUCAACCCGCGGAUUGACCCGGACCCGAUUGAGCUAGUGGGUCAAGGGUUAAUGGGUCACCCGUUUUAGCCCGGUUUAGCUCGGAAAUAUGGAAAGCGUCAUUAUAUUGUACUUAUCCUGAUAAAUUAUAUCAAAUCUCAUCUAACAUAUGAGUUAUAACAUAUAAUAUUACACCAAAAUAACAUUUCGUACUUAGAUUCAACAUAUAGUAAAAAUUCACACACACUUAUAUAACAUUAAUAUUCAAAUGUUCAACUUAGGAUUCCAAAGAUUGAGUUAGGCGAAAAGAAAAAUCGGAAAAUAGGCGCAUUUCGCAAAACAAAGAAAAAAAUGACACAAUUUGACCUCCAACCCGGUGCCUUGUAGCGGUCGACCCGACGAGUGCGUACAGGUACAGCCCAUUUUUUUCACCGGGUGAGGAUUAAACUGGGUUGACAACCUUGCUUAAGAGAGAUGCCACAGUUCAGAAUCUUCUUAUAGCAGAUAAUUAUACAAAACAAAACAAAAAUCCCUCCCCCACCACUUCCUGGCUUCCGUCUAUAUUUCAAGGUAGAAGAGAGAGGGAGCAGAGCAGAGCAGAGAGAUUCUCAUCCUUAGGGGAGGAGAGAUGAAGGAAAGAAUGGUGGAGAGAGGCCAGUGCCGUACCUUGUUGAGAGGAGGGAGGAAGAAAAUGACUUCUUCUUCUUCUUCUUCCUACAGCCAUGGUCUCAGCUCUGGUCAGAUCCAAUCCCUUUCAGCCCUCUGCGAAGCCUUUAUCCCUCCAUUGCCACCUCCUGAUCAGAAGAAUAUCACCAACCAGGAAAUCCCAGUUGAAAGGCAGCAGGAAGCACUAGCUUCCUUCUAUGGUGCUUCUGGGUCUCAAUCACCUAUCCCUGAUGAGGUGGCAGAGCUAAUUGUCAGAAGAGGAUUGCCAGAAGCUGUGUUGGUAGUGAAACUGGCACUCAAAUUACUGUCUUCCAGGUUGGGAGCACUGUUGCUCUGUGGUUUUUGCAGCCUGGACUGGAAAUGGCCAUUCAUGCACAGCUUCUCUGAAAUUCCCCUGGAGAGGAGAGAGCAGAUUCUUCAAAAAUGGAAAGGAGAAAAGCGGAAGAUGCUUACACCUCUCAGAGUUGUGUUUGCCGUCAUCAAAAUCUUCUCCUUGUUUGUCUUCUUCACCAGGAUUGAUGAUGAAACUCAGAAGAACCAAGCCUGGGAAGCAAUUGGGUAUCAAGCGGACACCAGGAAAACAACCCAAAUCAAACAGAAAGGAGGGGAGAGACCUCUGGAGAAAGGAAUUGUAGAGACGAUCCACGAAACCGACGACACCACUUUUGUCCAAUCUCUCGUCCAAAAGGGGCUAGAGGUCACCGUAGAUGAACAGCACGACACCGUCAAGAUCAAAUGCGAUGCUGUGAUCGUCGGCUCCGGUUGCGGCGGCGGAGUCGCCGCCGCAGUCCUCGCAAGCUCCGGAAUGAAAGUCGUCGUCCUAGAGAAAGGAAACUACUUCGCCGCAGAGGAUUACUCCUCGCUCGAAGGACCCUCACUGGCGGAGCUAUACGAGAACGGAGGAAUUCUGUCCACCACCAACGGCAAGACGAUGAUCUUCGCCGGAUCCACCGUCGGCGGCGGCUCCGCCGUCAACUGGUCAGCCUGCAUCAAGACCCCCGACAAUGUACUCAGAGAAUGGUCGGUGGACGACAAGCUUCCCCUCUUCGGAAGCUCCGAUUACCACAACGCCAUGGACGCAGUGUGGAAGAGGCUCGGCGUGACGGACAGCUGCAAGAAGGAAGGGUUUCAGAACAAAAUCCUCAGAAAAGGGUGCGCAAAUCUCGGGCUGCGAGUCGAGCCUGUGUCGAGGAACUCCUCGGAGGAACACUACUGUGGAUCCUGCUGCUAUGGCUGCCGAAUCGGGGACAAGAAGGGUACGGACACCACCUGGCUCGUCGACGCUGUGGAGAACAACGGCGCUGUGAUCAUCACAGGAUGCAAAGCCGAGCGAUUCGUCUUCUCCAGCGACGGCGGAGGGGAGAAGAAGAAGAGAUGCUUGGGAGCGAUUGCGAGAUGUUCGAAUCCGAAUUUGAAGAAGAAGCUGGAGAUCGAAGCUCGAGUGACGGUUUCCGCAGCUGGAUCGCUCCUCACCCCGCCUCUGAUGAUCGCCAGCGGAUUGAAGAACCCUAACAUUGGGGGAAAUCUGCACCUCCACCCUGUCCUGAUGGCUUGGGGAUACUUCCCGCCAUCGUCAGAUUCAAAUUCAAAUCCGGAAGACGAGAAGUCGUACGAAGGAGGAAUCAUCACUUCGAUCCACAAAGUCGUGGACUCCUCUUCCGACGAAGUGAUCGCCAUCGUUGAAUGCCCGUCGGCGGGGCCAGCUUCGUACGCGGCAUUGUCUCCGUGGAUCUCAGGGCAGGACCUGAAGGACAAAAUGGUAAAGUAUCCGAGAACGGCGCUGCUUUUCGCGCUGGUGAGGGAUCGGGGAUCGGGGGAAGUGAAGCGGGAAGGAAGGAUCUCUCACCGGCUGGACAAAGUCGACAAGGAGCACCUGAGGACCGGGCUGCGGCAAGCCCUCCGGAUUCUUGUAGCCGCCGGAGCCGUGGAAGUGGGGACCUUCCGCAGCGACGGGCAGAAGAUCUCUUGUGGUGGUGUGACGGAGGAGAAGGAAUUGAAGGCGUUUCUGGAUGGAGUUGGGGUGAGCGGCGGAGUGAAGUCGGGCGAUGCUCACUGGUCGAUCUUCUUCUCUGCUCACCAGAUGGGAAGUUGCAGGAUGGGAGCCACGCCGGAGGACGGCGGAGUCGAUGAGAAUGGUGAGAGCUGGGAGGCCGAAGGUUUGUUCGUGUGCGAUGGAAGUGUGCUUCCCAGUGCGAUUGGUGUCAAUCCCAUGAUCACUAUUCAGUCCACUGCCUACUGCAUUGCCAGCAGGAUAGCUGGAUCAUACGCAGUUCGUUCAGGAAAGCUGAUUUGAUUAUUCGACCAUUCGUUCAAUUGUUCUCAGGUUAAUCUUAUAAAUUGGAUGAUGAUAAAUAUAAAUAAAUAACAUUCGUUUCAAACUAGAAAGAUUUCAUUCAUAAAAUAUGCUGGUCUAGUUAAGCAGGAGCAAUCAAUGCCAGGCAAAAAGCACAGGGCAGGAACUCGUUUUAACCAGAUGACCUCAAAAUAACGAACAUCAAUGGUU